AUGUUGGGAAGCUUACACAGAUUGACUCUUAGGAGAUUGGACACAGAAAUAAUGAAUAGCACUCUAAAAAGGCGAUCGCUCCGAGGUGUCACUGCAGCCUCAGACGCGCACGGGGCUUCUGGCAGAAUCAGUUCUUCCCCGCUUUACUCCAGGUCGCAAUACUCCGAUCAAACUGCCUCCAGCAGCAGCAGCAGCCGGGGAGCUUCGUCCGAUUCAGGCGAUUCCUCAACCUCGUCUGGCAGUGCUGCUCCAUCCCAAGCGCAAGCCCAGCAGGAGCAGUUGCAACCACAGCCGCAGCAGCAGGAGCAGCAGCAGCAGCAGGAGCAGGUGGCUCAGGGAAAAUUCUGGCGGCGGGUGAAAUUUGGCUCGCUGGCUGGAGGGCUGGCCUUCGGCGGGCUGUUGAUGGGGAGUUGGCUGUUCACGGUCCUUCUGACGGGAGUGGUGCUGCUCGGUACUGCGGAGUAUUUUGAACUGAUUAACGCGCGGGCGAAGCUGAACAACGUGGCCGUUCCUUCGCGGCUGUCGGUCUACAUUGGAUGCAUCGGUUGCGCCAUCAUGCCGCUCAUCGCCAUGGUGAACGGUGGGCUUCUGACUCCUGUAGCGAAAUUCGCUGGCGGGCUGCUGUUGGCCAUGCUGCUGACUCAGCCCAAGCGGCCUCGUUGGAGCCAGUUCACGGGGUACAUCUGCGGGCUCUUCUACUGCGGCUUCCUGCCCAGCUUCUGGGUCACUCCCACGCGCCCUCGCUGGAGCCAGUUCAGGGGCUACGUCUGCGGGCUCUUCUACUGCGGCUUCCUGCCCAGCUUCUGGGUCACGCUGCGGUGUGGGCUGGCGACUACAGCCACAACGUCAUCCCCAGUGGCGCGGGUGUGGCCCGCCCUGCUGGGAGGGCCGGCGCUGUGGACGACGGGGCUCGUUGCUGUCUUCAUGGGCUUUGCGGGGGUCAUUGCUGCCGACACCGGGGCGUAUCUGGGCGGCAAGACCUUUGGCAAGACGCCUCUCAGUGAGCUGAGCCCCAAGAAGACAGUUGAAGGGGCAUUGUUUGGGCUGGCCUCUUCCGUCUCUGUGUCUGUCCUCCUCUCCCGUGCCUUCAGCUGGCCAGCCACACCUAUCAGUGCGGCGGUGCUCGGUGUGAUUGUCUUCGCUUCAUCGCUUUUUGGUGACCUGUUUGAGUCGGCUCUCAAGCGCCAGGCCGGAGUGAAAGAUGCCGGCUCUCUCAUUCCGGGCCAUGGAGGCAUUUUGGACCGCACAGAUAGCUACAUCUUCACAGCCCCAGCUAUCUACCUAUUCAUCCGUUAUGUUCUUCCUAAGCUAGCAUGA